AUGGGCUGGUUCAGCAAGUCCGAAGAGGCCCCGUCGCCCAUAGAAACACCCAAACAACCCGAAAAUGCGCUUCUUACUGAAGCUCUUUCAGAUGUCGCUCCCAUUCCUGAACCGGCUACUGCUGAAGAUCUGGAAGAGGCCCGAUUGAAAAAGGAAAGAGAGGAGGCUCAAGCCGAGUAUCUUGCCUUCAGUCAUACACAGCGUCUUGGAAUAGCGCCUGGCCCGCGCCUUGUACUAACAGGUGUGACAGCAGGAGGUUAUGGAUUUUUGUCUGGGUUUUAUAGUGGGUUUAAGAUGGGUGGUCUGCGGUACCUUGCGCAAAAUGCGCACCGACUGCCGCGAACCAAAGGUGGAUGGUAUUUUUACCACAAGCGCAAGAACUACGUAGUGCUCAAGGAGGCCAUUAUUACGGGUACUCGAACUGGAUCCAAGUAUGCAGCAGCGGCUGUCGCAUAUUUUGGAACAGAAGCAUACUUGGACCAUGUUCGUGGACGGAUUGAUUUGCUGUCGACAACUGUGGCUGCUGUUGGACUUGGUGCAGGUUAUUCCUUUUACAGUCGCCUAAGUAAGGUUCAGACUUUAAAUACCGUACGAUCAUUUUUUGGGUUUGGCAUUGCAGCCGGCUUAGUGCAAGACGGUUUACGCUACAUGCGUGGCAACGACGUGUGGUAUCUCAACUGGAUUCCCAGAAAAGCUUCCUCAGAGCCAGUUUUAGAGUCUUAA